AACAAGACUGCAUGUAGAUCCCAUAACUGCACUCUCUUGUGUUUCGCGCGCUGUGUUUUGAUUUCCUCUCUGCAAUGUAACUUCGAAAAAAAAGCGCGCUCUCGUUGUCUACAGUCUAAAAGCAACGCGAGACAAGGCCAGCAUAAAUUUGGUAUUAUAACAGACAGUCUCGUACCUCACGUCAAUGACAAUACCCAUGUCCUCCUUAUCGCGAACUUGCUCUAGUGCAGGACGCUCCGUAGUAUUUACCCGACGCGUCGCUCUUUACUCACGGCACGUGGUGCCUGCUGGUGACCGAUCGAGUUCGCGAUGUAGAGUCCCGAACGGUGCGGGGUUUACUGCGAGCAGCUCCUCCUCGGGACCGAUCAAAGGCGCAAAGAGAAGUGGAGGCAACAAGCAGGUGCGGAUGUUCAGCACCGGAAAUGAUGCCGCAGAAGUCCUACACACGCCUCCAAGUGGAGCCAGUUCGAAGCUGCAUACGGUUACCCUGAAUCGACCGAAAAAGCUUAACUCGCUGUCGCUGAACAUGAUUCGCCUGCUCGAGCGAUUGUACGGAAAGCGCGGCGCGGCCGGCGCAAUACCUGGAAAUUCGAUUGUGUGGAUGGAAGGCGCAGGGGAAAAAGCAUUCUGUGCCGGUGGGGACGUCGCCGCACUCGCAGAGGCGCUACGACGCGGUGAUCGCACACUUGGUGGAGAGUUUUUUCAUUCCGAAUAUGCAGUGGACUACCGGAUUGCCACGCAGAAUGCUGCUGCAGACGCAAUUAAGGAAAAAGCUAUUCCAUCGCUUACAGCUAAAGUGGCCUUAACGCUUCAUUCAUCUUUUUGCGAAAGGCGGAUACGAUGGAUAUUCGCGCUGUCUCAGGAACACAUUAUCGUCACCUUAAGAGUAUACAGGCCCUGCGUCGUCUAUCAUAUUUUGAUGCAGUCGGUGUAAGACGAGAUUAGAUCCUAGUUGUCCGAAGUACAACAAAAAUAUGGACGGCUCUAAAAGACAAGACGGUAGUGGUGGCAAUAUCGUUACCGUUAGCGUGUGGGACAAGAUCAUUAUGGGAGGCGGAGUCGGAUUGGGGUUUCACAAUCCUAUCCGCAUUGUUACGGAAAAGACGACGUUUGCCAUGCCGGAGACAAAGAUUGGCCUGUUUCCCGACGUCGGUAUGACGUGGGGACUCUCCCGACUUCGCAAUCAAGAUCCACUUGCAAUCGCGCGCUUUCUUGGAUUAGUUGGUAAUUACGUUGUUUCCACCAUAGUGUUUCUUGAAGACAGCGGUAGACUGUUUUUCGCGUUGUUCGUCUCUACAGUAUAAAUGCAUUUGUUGCGAUCAUGCCCUUCAUGUAUUUGACACGAGAAGUGUUUUCAGCAUACUAGCAGUCUUCUAAUCAUUUCGAAGAUUAGUUGAGUGUGUUUUAACAUGCAUAAUGUUGUAGUCCCUUUGGUUGGUCGUCACCACCUGUUCAAUCGUUGAUAUGAUGACACGAAGGUUUUCGAUUGAAUGCAGCGGAUUGCCUCAAUUUCGGUAUUGGCACUCAUUUCGUAGAGCAGAAGGAUUUAGGCUUAGUGAAAGCACAUUUGGACACGUUCAGCGGUGAUGCGAAUGCUGAUUCAGUUGCGACGCAUCUAGAGACUUGUGGAGCAGUCGCAAAGAAAGGGUAAGAUUCUGCACAUCUCUCUCGACAACUUGGAAGUGAAUACAAUAACCGUCCUUAGGUACUGUAUAAGGAUACAAGAGGCGUGUUUUCUGAAUAGGAUAAUUUGGCUCGAUGGUUGUAGAAGAGAACUGUUCAAGAACUGAGGGCGAAAAAUGUUCUUAUUAGUGAUGUAUUCAUGAUCGGGAGGCAUAAAUCAGUAGAAAAAGUGACAGAGCGGAUUUGUUUACAAAGGUCUUCUGUGGUUAGUGUCGAACCAACGUUGAAGGAGGCUGACUGUAGCGUAAUCAGUCGUUGUUUCGGCGCCAGCGUUGACUCCGUAGCCGGUAUCUUAGGUGCACUCGACGCCGAGGGUGCCGGCUCGUUUGCAGCGAAAAUCGCUGCGACACUGCGCGAGAUGUCGCCGCUCUCCUUGCAAGUCUCUUUUGCCGCAAUUCAGCGGCAUCAUUUGGAGGAGACAGCGACACUUCGAUCGGCAUUGCAGCUAGAGUACAGGAUGGCGAUGAACUGUCUUCGCCCACAACCGGAAGCGGACUUCGCAGAGGGCGUCGCAGCUCUGUUGCUCGACAAGCGCAGCGCCAAGUGGGCGCACGAGAGGGUCGAACAGGUUCCAAGCGAGCUUGUGGACACCUUUUUCCUGCCGGUCUCGGGAGAAACGAAACUCGGACCGUGGGCCAAGGAGCUAGAAAUUUAGUUCAUCCUAUAUUGCCGCGCAGUCGUGGUGUUUCAAAUUUUUUUGUAUCGGGUAAGACAUCGGUGUCGGUCAGAUUGACUCUGAUUUGACACUGCCUAUAAGAUGAGAAACCGAAAUUUUUCAAUGUUCACGCAUGCGCAUGUGUAAGUAGGAUCGCUGUAGCGAGGCAACCAGAUGUUGAAAACAUCCUUGACCUGCGUCCCACUCUGAAACCUAGAGAGAUGUCCUGCGGCUGCCCUCUGGCCACAAACAACCUCAGAAACAGACUUAUAAUUGCACUGCUUGCGUCAAAGGGGUAGCGACUCUGUGC